AUGGAACCAGAAACUGAAGAUCUAGACAACAAUGAUAACUUGCCCCCCUGGUCAGGCUCAGAAGGUUCCCAGGAACUUUGUGUCUCUGAGUCCUUGGCAGAGUCCUACAACGAAGAUGACGUCAGUGAAGCAGAGUACCCCUUAGACCCACAGACUGCCCAUACUCCUAAAUCUGGCCUCGAGUCUCCAGAACGCAUCCAGGAAGACUGGGAAUCUGCAGGUGAGCAACAGCCUGAACUCAGUGGAAGUGAAGAGGAAGUGUCAUACCAAGAAGAGGAUGACAUCUACCUUAGUGAAUCAAGAGAGUCCAUUACAGAGUCACCUCACAUCCAAACCUCACAGACAUUAUUGUCCCUGCACUCAGAGCGCCAAGACUCUGAGCCUCACGCUGGACGCCGAUCACGGCCGCAUUCCCGGUCUUCUUCAUCCUCUCUUGGCUGUGCCGCGGAUAUGACCCUGGCCUUGACCCUGACUACAGAACAACCCCAGGGAGCCAGUAAUAGGCAGGGCUCAGGGACUGGGAACAGGAGGGCUGAAUCUUCAGAGGAAGGAGGGAGUAGUGAAGCACCUCCUGCUUCUGUCUUCUUUGGAAUUUCAGACGAGGCUGCUGAGCAGGCAGAGAAGUGGAACUCGGAGUCUGACACAGAUCUGUGCAGACCGGACAGGCACAGGGCAAGGUACACACGGCUCAGUCACAGCGAGAGCCAAUCAGAGAGACACGUCAAGGAAACCAAGUCUAAAUGUAAACGAAUUGCCCGCCUUCUAACUGAUGCACCCAACCCUCAAAAUAAGGGAGCCUUGCUGUUUAAAAAACGUCGCCAGAGGGUGAAGAAGUUUACACUUGUGAGUUACGGAACCGGUAAUAACAAGCUUGACAGUGAAGACCAAAUACAGGAGGAAACCGAAGAAGUCAGAUGUGCUGGGUAUAACUUUGAGGCUACAAGUGAUUCUGAGUUAGAAGAGCAGUUUUCUCUUUAUCACCAGCAGCAUAAUUUAAGCCUGAAUUGGGGAAGUGUUCGAGAAAUGGAAGCACUACCAGAGACAAAAGGGAAGGGAGUUUUGAUGUUUGCCCAACGGCGCAAACGGAUGGAUGAAAUUGUAUCAGAGCAUGAAGACCUGAGGGACAAAGGACUACCUGUUGAAGCAUUAACAGGACCUGAAUGUACAGAAACACAGCAUAUUUAUGACACUGAGGAAAUGUACAUACAUGGUGAUCAGGCCAAUUACAUGGACGUAAAUCUCAAGCAGCAUGUAGAAUACCAAGAAAAUAUUCAACAGAUGAACCACCUAUCCAACGUGCCGAAACCUCUGGUGCCAAACAGAACUGCAAAGCCUUUCCUGGGAUUUCAAAAGAGUCCAACUGCUCCUGUCAUGACUGGCAGCAUUGUUCCAGCUACAAAGAAGCCUGACCAGAGAUUCAAAGUACCUGUGCCUAUUAACACUAACCCACAGGUUUGGUCUCCGACUGGAGACAUCAUAGCCUCAAGAGAUGAGCGAAUAUCUGUGCCAGCCAUCAAGACAGGCAUCCUACCAGAGUCCAAACGGAAAGCUACUAAUAAACAGUCAGCAAUGUCGGCGCAACAAUCAGAUCUUCUCAUUCAAAACAAAGGGGAAAGGAGGUCUUAUAUUGAGUCGGAGGAAGACUUUUUUAGUCUUGGUGCUGAAGCUUGUAACUUCAUGCAACCCAGAACAAUAAAACUCAAGAAUCCACCUCCAGUUGCCCCAAAACCUGCCAUCAACCCAACCUGCCCACCUUGGAUGAGGAGGAGUCCCUCCAGCGAGCCCUAUAUUCCUCCAAGAAGUCCGAUUUCACAACCUUCUCACAGUCCUGGGGGGCCUCAUAGCCAGCAUUACUUGCAGCAGCAAGAUUGGGCUCAGUCUCAACAGAUGGCCAACCGUUGGGCACCCGAUCAAACUCAGGCAACACUUCAAACACCUGCCAAUGCCUGGACUCCGGUCAACUCCUCUUCUCAGCUUCAUCCUCAGCCAACCACAAAUAGCUGGAGUCAACAGACGUCACGAUCCCCUGUGAGUAUGCAGGCCCGCAGUCCUACUUACAGCCCAAACUACCCACCUUCACCCUCAAGGAAUAAGUCAGACAGUGUUCCAAACUCAGUUGCCUCUUACCCACAACAAGCAUCGAAAGCACCACAGGUUUCUCCAAAGGGUCGAGGUUCAGGCAGAGCUGCUAAUCGGGCUGGUGAUGGUUCCACCAUGGCAGGAAAAGGUGCAGAAUUGUUUGCCAAAAGACAGUCCCGCAUGGAGAAGUUUGUUGUCGAUGCUGAAACAGUGCAAGCUAACAAACCAAGAUCCCCAUCCCCGACUUCGUCCCUCCCUAACUCUUGGAGAUAUUCAUCCAAUAUUCGUGCCCCACCUCCAUUAGCAUACAAUCCCCUUCUUGCUCCUUUCUACCCCCCAUCAGCUGCCAAGCAAGCCCCCUCCACAAGCCCCAAAAUCAAGACCAAAGAGAAACCUAAAUCCGCCCCCAAGCACCUCAACACCUUAGAUAUUAUGAAACAUCAGCCUUAUCAGUUGGACUCGUCACUGUUUAAGUAUGAUGCAACCCCUGAGGCCAAAAGCCCCAGCCCCAAACCUACUCCAGCAUCAAAGUUUGAGAUUACCAAAAGUCGUAAACAUAGAUCCGUCUCCUCUCUUUCUCCUUAUAAUACCUCUGAGCCUUCUGUUCAAAGCAAUGCAGAGGCCCCUGCUAAGUCUCCUGGAUCGGUAAGUCCCCAACAUUCUUCUGCCCAAAACACGAGAUCAGCUGAGCCUCUUGCAACUGACAAGCGCUUGGAUGAAAAGCACACUGUCGCUCCUGCAGCCCAUCACAUAGCCGGCAAGCAAGCACCAAGCGCCCGAACCGCAAGCAAGAAGUCAUCUAUUGGUGACAGCAUAGCUUCAGCUUUCUCUCCUGCAUCUCUUAUUGCUAGAGGCGCACGUCAAAUGGCUCCUCGGCCCAAAUUUUCUGCUAAGAAGCCAGAGGCAAUGGGAAAACAGUGGAAGCCUGUUGCUAUGAGUCAUUAGUUCUAAUACUGUACAUGGUCAUGUUUUGGUGUAGUCUGAAACGAUAAUUACAUAAUUACAUCUUCAACUUGGUAGCAUCUAAAAAUGUCUUAACAGGUGGAAAUAUAUAGACUUUUGCACUAAAUGUAGGCCUCAUUCAAAAUUAACAACAGUAUGCAGCUAUAAAGGUAAAUUUAGCUGACAGCGUUAUGAGGAAAACAGUUGAAUGCACAGCAAAGCUAUUUUGAGAAAUUGUGAUAAAUCAAUAGAAUUUAAACGAAACUAAGCAACUAACUUAGCACAAUAAUUCAUCUCCGUAAAACUCAGGAGGUGCAUGUGGACUUAAGAAAGGAAAAGUGAGACAAAAUAAUGUGUGAUUCUCAGGAAGUGCUAUUAUAUGUGCAAUAUUGUGUACAGAGAGGCUUGUUCAACUAGUCUUCUCUAGUCUUUAGUUUUUUUUUCUUUAGUAAGGAAUAAGAUUACAUUUUUAUGUAGCAGUAGUAACCAAUGAACCCCCAAACAGCACAAACGAAUCACAUUUAUCGAUACAUUUAUUUAAUACAUUCAAAUUCUUCAUGAUUCUGUUCUUUGGAAUAAAAAAUAGUAAUUUGCACAAUCACAGAAUAUUUCUAAUCAUUUAGCGUGUUGGGGGAAAGACUGUCUACGCACUUCUUUUGAGUGCAUACAAUUUGCAUUUCCUUCAGUCUCAUUCCAGACUUUGAUGGUAUCACAACAGCUAAAAGUAUUAAUGUCGGUUGUGAUCAUUAACCCUAAUGAUUUUAAAAUGUUUGUGUUUUUUUUUUAUUUUUUAUGUGGAUAUAUUGUCUGCAACCAUCAGUUAUGGCCAGUUAUUCAACUCUCAGUAAAGUCAUCAGACAUCUGUAUCCUAAUCCUUGAUGAGCAAAAUAUCACAGAGAUUUGAAUGUUCUGUUACUGGUUCAGCAACUCCAAGUGAAUGUGAGAAAACCACUGUCUCUUCUGUCUUGAUGUCUUUGUCUUUCUGACAUAUCACUGUUUGCACUUCUUGUUCUCAGCACAAUCAUGCUAUUAAAUUUCUCUUUCCUCCUA